UCUCAUUUUAACAAACGACUGGAUGGAAAAUGAAAGUGUUCUCAUAUCUACAACUGACUCUCCAGUAUACUUUCCUGGUGCCAGCAGUCAGGUGCAUCAUGGAAUCUUUGAUUCACAAAGUCUGUUUGCUAACUUUCCUCAUCAUCUUCGAUGCCACUUCAUCUGUUGCAGACCUCAGCCUCAUAGUCCCUCCUGACGUUGUAGUUGCCUCUGCUGGUGAUGACAUCAUCCUUCCCUGUCAUCUCUCUCCUCAAAGUAGUGCUGUUGCCAUGGAUAUCAGGUGGUUUAAGGACGGAGAAUUCACUAACCCCCUGUAUUUGUAUAAGAGCGGAAUGGGGGAAGACGGGAAGAGCUAUAAGGGCAGAGUGAGUCUCUUCUACCAGGAGCUGGAGAGAGGCAACAUAUCACUGCUGUUGAAGAAUGUCAAGGUGUCAGAUAGCGGACGCUAUAAAUGUCAGGCCAGCCACUUGGAUUGGAUCCAGGAACCAGCCGUUGUGCUACAAGUUAAAAAGCAGGGCAGUGUCCCCAGGAUCUCCAUGAGGAAGCACCACAGAGUGUUCAUCCAGCUCAGCUGCAGCUCAGAGAACUGGUACCCAGAGCCUCACAUGCUGUGGACGGACCUCAGUGGGAAGGAGAUCACCUCAGCAGAGACAGAGAUACCCAAACAGAAGGAGGGGGGUGACCUGUACUCCAUCACCAGUCACAUGAGAAUAGGGAUGGACCAACUGGAGGGGGUCACAUGUGUGGUGAUGUCACAGGACCAGGGAACCAAGAUGGAGUCUGCACUGCAGAUGACUGAGGAGUUCUACCUCAGCAGGCUCCCUGACCGCGUCUACAUCUCUGCAUUUGUGAUUCCUGUGUUUCUGGCACUGGUGUGUAUCACUGCAUCUGUGCUCUUUGUCAUGCAUCAGAAAAGAGAUAUUCAGGAGAAACUGAAGCCUAUUAAGGAAGUCAAAGCAGAACUAGAAGAGAAGAAGAAAGAACUAACCAAAAUGGAUAAGUUAUUGGGAAUAACUGGGAAAAUUCCAGACACCGUUUGGACCUUAAUGGUGUAUCAUCAUGCAGUGGAUGUGACUCUGGACCGUGACACUGCACAUCCCAGACUAACUGUAUUUGAUGAUAAUAAAUCUGUUAAGAUUGGAGACCUACGUAGAGAAAGUGGCACUGAGAAGAGGUUUGAGGAAAAGCAGUGUGUCUUGGGAAUAAAGGGAUAUGAUACAGGUACACGUUACUGGGAGGUUGACCUGGGGAAGAAGACUCAGUGGAGUGUUGGAGUCACACAGGACCCAGAGAAGAGAGGUUCAAACAUCCAAAUGAUUCCAGAGAAUGGCUACUGGAGCAUACGUUUGGAAAAUGGAGUAUUGAAAACAGUUGAAAAGUCUUCAAAUGUCCUUCCCAUUGAACUGAAACCUGUGAAGCUGGGGGUGUUAGUGGACUAUAAGGGGGGAAAGAUAGUAUUUUUCAACGUUGAGAAGAAAUGCCACAUCCACUCCUUCCUUGAAACAUUUACUAAGAAACUCUAUCCGUUAUUUGGUCCUUUGAUUGAUUGUAAAGAGGAACUCAAAAUCUCACCUGACCCCCUCAAGCUGAGAAGUGAACCUGUAAAAGAUAGCAGUUGUCAGGCAAGGCCAUAGCAUUGUUUGUUCAGUCUUUGGUUACUACUGCCUGUGCCUGUGGUAUUAUUAGUACUCUAAUACCCCACAUCUCUCUGUGGUUUUAUUAGUACUCUAAAACCCCACAACUCUCUGUGGUUUUAUUUGACCAUGGGGAAAAUAACUGAUACGUAGAGUGCAAUGCGGAUUAUCUUCCAUUGUUUGAGCAAUUAUUUAGCUUUAGCAAUUAUUAACUUUGUUAAGACUGAGUUACUUCAAUCUUUUACUUAUUUUAUCCCACACAAAUUCAUCUGAGCGAUGUGAGAUGGAACAUUUCCACCUUUUUUAUGGCAGUACUGUUUUCUGAUGUUUUAGAUGUAACUGUAAAAGUCUACUAAAAUCUCUGUUUUGAAUCUGGAUAUACUCAUUACUGUAACAUGAGACAAUAUCAUUUGUUGGAAUGAUGUAUGGACUAAUGUAUUCUGUUUUGUCAUAUUCAUUUGUCAUAUUAAUGUUUUGUUAUGUUCAUAUUGUAUAGCGAUAGUUCUUUUAAAAACAAAUCAUAGAAUCACUUUAUAUCCCAGACUGAUUGAACUAAAAUGUUGGUAGAAAUAUCUGUAAUGACAAUAUGGUGAAACUAGAUGUUACACUGGACAACUAACUACAGGCUUCACUGGGCCGAUGUAUUAUGUCAAGUCUCUGGCUAACUAGCUUGCAUUCUUAGUCAUUGUCAAGAUAAUCAUGGUUGUGUGUAAUGGAUGGUUAUUCAAUUUGUCAAAACAACUACAUACAAGCCAGUAGGAGCUCGUUGUUUCUCUCAAUCAUAGUCAUCAAUAGAUCUACAUCCAGAUACCAAAUAAGAAAUGCGAUUUUUCACAAAUCAACAUUUAAUAUUUUUUUUUUUUUUUUUAAAUAGAAAUGCUUGUUUAAUGUCACAAGCAAAAAACUACUUAAAUAAUGAAUGUAUAAUACAUUAAUAAAUAAUCUAGAACACAA